GCAUCAGUGUAUAUUAGUUGAGCGACCCGAUCACCUUGCGACUGUAAACAAAAAAAGGUCGCGCUUUCGCAAGUGAUUAAGUGACUUAAGUAACCUCUGUGCCUUUACGGAUUAGAACAAUGAAGUUGCGCAUGUACCAUGUGAUUGCGGCCGUGUUCGUUGUGCAUACCUAUGCACGGGAAGAGGUACCGCCCCUCCCUGCCCCCAAUCCAGAUAGUGUUAACAAUUUCCGAGUGGCCUUGCAAGCCGUCUUCGGUGUUGGAGUGCGACUACAAGCGUUCCUCUUGGAAGACAAGAAGAACGAGAAUUUCUUGGUCAGUCCAAUUAGUGCCGCCGUCAUCGUUGGACAAUUGAUUCUAGGCGCCGAAGGGGAGUUCCGGAAACAAUUAAUCGAUUUGUUGGCCUUGCCCAACAUCCACACCUACGAGAAUGACGUUCUCACGUACCACAACCAGAAGAAGAACAUGACGUUCGUUUUACCGUACUCCACUCUACAUAUACAGUUAUCGAACUUACUUAAGGCUUUGGAGAGCGGGCCGGAUGCAGGCAAACACUUCAUACUCAAAGAAAAGAGCGCACUGUUCCUUGACCACAAAAUUACCUUGAACGAAACCUUCUCCAGAGGUCUAAAACGACUGUACGAAGCCCGCAUACACCCCGUAGAUUUCGCGUCCGACCCCACAGGAACCCAAAAAAAAGUCAACGAAUGGGUCGUCAAAAACACGAACGGACUUAUCAAAACCAUCCUCGCGGCACCCCCACGUCCUACAACCACUUCGAUUUUCGCCAACGCCAUCUACUUCAAAGCGGAAUGGCAGGUGCCCUUCAGCGACACGUUAAACCGAAAAGGGCACUUCCAGGUUAGCCCCACUGAAGCGGUACCAGUUACUUACAUGAUCAACCAAUUCGACCAAAUUCUGUAUAGUGAGCACGCCAAUUUCCGAAUUACCGCGUUACCGUACACCAACGAAGAAUUGGGCAUGUAUUUAAUUUUACCCAAGAACGACAACCCUUACAAGUACGACAUGAAAGGGUUCAUCCAGCAACUGACAUUCAAGGACGUUCUACAUACCGUCAACAACGCCAGAAGACGCGACGUCGUCGUCAAAAUCCCCAAAAUGAGUUUAUCCACGAGUUUCAGUAUUCUGGAUCAGCUGAAGAAAUACCGCGUCUUCAAAGAAGAAGAUGUUAAGGUUAACUCGACGGGUGUUCUUGAUGUCCUUGAACAACGAGUGGAUGCUUUUGCUAAUUUCACGACAGAUGAAAUUAAUCAAACUAAUAUUUAUCUGAGACAUGCCGCUAUUGGUCAGCCGCUUCGUAUUAAUGAUAUUGUUCAACAAGUUGUGAUAACUAUCAAUGAGAAGGGUACGGAAGCAGCGGCUGUUUCUGCAGCUACUAUUGAUUACAUGGGUGGUGCCAAGAACUUUAUUAUCGAUAGACCGUUUGUAUUCUUCAUCAGGCACGAAGCAACAGGUGCUUCGUUGUUUUGGGGGACCGUCGUCAACCCCACUGCUUAAGACUGAUUUUUUUUUGAAAAUGUGAAGACACUGCCGGUGGGAGCAAUCGCAGCACUUUUCUUUCCUGUAUUUAUUUAUUUUAAUAGACUUAUUAAUAAAGUUGGAUUUGAAGUUA